AUGACUACUGCCCAGCGGAACUUUGCGCACCUUCGUGGACCGUCGCAGAUGAACAUGCAACAGAAUGCGCCUCUGCCUCCAUCAGAACGCCAGAACGCAAAUCUCUAUUGCUCGGCAGCCAGCGGACGCAGCAGCGUUGCUCCUUUUAUGCCCGUUAUUUCUUCCGGAACAUUUCCAACCAUGCCUGGUUCAGUUCAGCAGGCAUCUGAGCAAAAGAUAAUCGAUUUGCUGAUGGCAACAGACAUUCUGCCUUCAAAAGCCGUGUGCCCCCCAAAAAUCAUGCUGAAACAAAGUUUUGAAUAUUCUGACGUAAAUUGUUCACCAGAUAUCUGUCGUUGUACGCUGUCUGUCGUGCCUCAGACAAGUAGUUCACUGAAGAAGUGUGGCCUCCCUUUCGGACUAGUCGUACAUCCGUUCAAGGACAUGAAGGCAAAUACGAAGCACUUGAGCGUACUGCAGUCGACGGUCAUCGUCCGUUGUCGUACCUGUCGUACAUACAUCAAUCCGUUCGUGCGCUUCACCGAUCAGCGACACUGGCGAUGCAACAUGUGCGGGAGGGUCAACGACCUCCCUGACGAGUUCCAUUUUGAUCCUGCUUCACAGAAGUUCGGCGAAGCGAAACGACGACCGGAAAUCAAAAGCGCAACAGUCGAAUUCAUUGCUCCUGCAGAAUAUAUGAUAAGAACUCCUCAACCGGCAUGCUAUGUUUACGUGUUUGACGUUUCGGCAAGUGCGAUCGAAACAGGCUAUUUGGAGACAUUUUGCCAAAUGCUAACUGAUGAACUCGAUCGAGUACCUGGAGACGCUCGAACGGUGGUUGCGUUCAUCGCUGUCGAUUCUGCGCUUCACUACUAUUUCCUUGACGGAACGUCGAUCAAAGAAUUUGUCGUUACGGAUUUAGGGGGAGCGACAUUGUGCAUUGGGUGCGGCCAUUCUGGCAGCAGAAGAACUUAUAGUAACUUAAAAAUUCAUGACGAAUUGCAGACUGUUACUUAUCUUCAGGCAGAUAUCGGCGGCCGCGUCACGGUGAUGUCCACGGUUUUGCCAGAAGUCGGACCUGGAGCUUUGCAAAGUCGGGAAAAUCCAAACGUUCGGGCAUCCAAGGUACAAGUCAGAACACUGGAUGAGUUUUUGGUGAUUUCUAUGAAUGUCAUUUUUAAGGACGUAGAAAAUUUGGCCCCCGCAGCGGAUUUCUACAAGAAUUUGGCAUUAAGCUGUUGUGCCCAUCAAAUCGCUGUUGAUCUAUUUCUAAUGAGCUCACACUACUGUGAUCUAGCAACGUUAUCCGAAGUUGCAAAAUUCAGCGGUGGUUGUGUUUAUUGCUAUCCGAAUUUGCACAUGUUUCGCAAUUCGUUGGAGAUGAAACGCUUUCAGGAUGGCCUUCGCCGUUACCUGACGAGGAAGAUUGGUUUUGAAGCAGUUCUGCGGAUUCGCUGUUCUCCAGGUAGCCAAACAGUAGCAACAAUAACAGAUUUGCACCUUUUGGUGCGUCUCUCUGGCGAGUCAACCAUUGGUUCCUAGAG